AUGGCACAGAAUACAGCGAACAAUACAGAGGCGCCAUUUGCCAAUGCAUCGAUGUAUCUCAACUCGGUAUGUCCUGGAUACACACUUCUCGAAGAUAAUGUGCACUACCCACUACCGAACAAUGUCCCUGCAUCGACAAUGGAAAUUGCAUGGCCAGUGACAAUCGGGAAACUGAUUAAUGCGAAGUUGGAAUUGGAUAGCGAGUAUUUGAAUAUAGCUCGCCCGCCGUUGGGACCGUUUGAAUCAACAACUUAUGUUUCCUUGCCACUCCAUGUGGUAAAUGCAUUUAAAGAAAAAGUGCUUCAUUGUGAUAAACAACUGGAGGGGAACUUGCACAUCGGAGCAAAUGUCAAUCCUUUGACACAAGACCCUUUUCGAAAUGCUACAAUGAAUCCCGGUGCAUUGACAACAAUCGUGGAAACAAAGCCUAGAUUUCAAUCAAAGAAUCCGUUUAAUAAGUUGACAUCUAAUUUCAACAAGCUAUUUGUCAAGGACGAGAUUUAUGAUAACGUGGAAGCAUCGGACGUCAGUAUUUUGAGCUACAAUGACGAUUUUGCUUCAUGUGGGAAACUAUUGAUAUCGGCAAAUGUUAAUGUACUUAAUGUCAUAGGAUUAUCGGACUCGUCAGAGUUUCAACACACCAAAAUAAUAGAGACGAAGAAGAUUGAGCAGCCAUUGCUACGACUACAAUUCAGCAGUACAUGUAUCAUAACAUCUUUAACGGCAUUUGUGUUAAAUGAGGAGCCAAUAAUAAUUUUUGGGUGUAAUCAAGGCAAAGUAGUGGUUAUCAAACCAAGGAGUAUGAAGAUGAAACAAAUUGAUUUGAAUUUGAAUUCACUGGAGCAAGCAUUGCAUCCGGCGAAUGUGUCCACGGUGCAUGCGAUAAGUCAUCCCCUUUAUGAUUAUCUUGUCGUUGCCGGGACGUCCAAUGGUGAAGUGUUUAUCCUCAACCCGCUUGGAAAGAAUGAGUUGCUAGAUUAUAAAAAACAAGUUGUCGGGACAGACUCAUAUGUCACGUAUUUCCGCAAGUUUGACCUAAGUGUAUUUGGGGAACCCAAAGAUGAUCAAUUGAUUGGUCACUUUAAAUUGUGCCAUAAAGCGAUAACGGCCAUUGCAUCAACGAUGUCAAUGGAAAAUUCUUUGCAAAAUGACAUGUUGCCAUCAUUGAUAGCUGUGGCUUCAGAAGAUGGAUUUGUCAAGUUUAUCGAUUUCAUGUUUUCCUAUCGUUUUGAUCAGGAGGAGGUCACCGAUAGUAUCGUUACCGAUAUUGUAUCCAACUACUUCAACACGGGUGUUUCCGAUGUCAAGUUUAGUCCUGAUUUGAGAUUUUUCACCGUUGUGGGGAAAGGUGACUUGAUUGAGGUGUUCAAAAUGACCUACUACAACAUCAAUGCCUUAUUGAAGAAACCAGAACGUGCAGGGCGGUCAAGAAGUGGUACAGUAAAUAGUCAUAACUCACACUAUACGUCAAUGACGGCAACCCAAAGUUUGCAAGAUCUUGUUCCUGAGAGGCUGUACCCACCAAUAAUAAAAUCUAUAGAAAUUGUUUGUCGUUUCAAAGGGCAUACGAACUCGGUCAAGGCAAUUCAAUUUUUCAAGGAUAUUGAUGAGUCACAGCUGGUGUACAAACUUGUCAGUUGUGGAGAUGAUGGAAAAGUAUUUGGAUGGGAGUUUGACUACAAAGCGGUACCGAAGGUAAAGAAGCCACACGCUGCCACCCAAAGCAAACCACGCGAAAGUAGAAGAUCGAUCCAUGAAAAGAAAAGUAGUGUCCAUAUUGUGGCACAAAGCCCCAGUCCAGGACCAAUACAUUCAAGAUCUGCCCAUCGAAGAAAUUUGUCAUCUUCAGAUCCAAUUUUAAACACACCUUCAUUCACAAAUUUGUUAUCCACCAAGGGCUUAAACUUGACCAGUAUGUUGCUGGAUGACCAUUCGCCAAAACCAAGACAAACUGAAACAAUCAUUUCUUUAUACAAACUGUUGCUUGAUCUAAGAAGCAAGAAGAGUAUGCAGAAAAAGUAUAUUCAGACAAGCACCAUUAUAUCGCCAAUUGUCAACGACAAGUACUUGCCAUCGAUAUCUAUACCGUUGGUAACUAUAGAUUUGACAAGUAUUGUACCCGAUGGCAAGAUUGGCAAUGUUGUGAUAGACCAGCAAGCGGUGUGGUGUUUUUGUAAGAAUGGCGAUCUAUUCAAAUAUACAGUACAUAUAAAUUAA